UUCUUCUUCUUCUUCUCGGUCGAUUGAUCCCUAGCGUCUCCUCCUCUUUGAGUUUCAGAGACUGUCGCCUCUCUCGCUGCCUUCUCUUCCAAGCCACAAGCCACACGCAUCCCAGACUUGGCCUUUGGAAAUUUGGAGAUGAAAGGAUGUGUUGUAUGACACCUUGUGGGCUGGACAGCCUGAAACCCUAGUUCCUUUGAUGACUUGAACAUGAACAUGGAGCAACGGGUCUCCUUGGACUGUGAGGCAUGCCUUCAUACUGAGAAUAUUUUAUUUAAGGAUGCGGACUGUGGUGUAAUCACAGCCUCACUAGAUCACGUUGCAUCACAGCAGCCGGCCAAAAAACAAACGCGGCAAUGGGCUGCUUGGACGCGCCAAGAGGAAGAAAGCUUUUUUGGUGCACUACGACAAGUUGGAAAGAACUUCGAAAAGAUCACCGGUCGAGUUCAAAGUAAAAAUAAGGAUCAGGUCAGACAUUAUUACUAUCGACUUGUAAGGCGUAUGAACAAGUUGCUGGGUCCACAACUUUGUCUUGAUGCCAAAAACUCCAAGGAUACUAAUGCUGCAAUGCUUCGAUGGUGGUCUUUACUAGAAAAAUACAGCUGCAAGGCCUCAAAGCUUCACUUAAAGCCCCGAAGAUUUAAGAUUUUUGUAGAGACCUUGGAACACCAACUCUUGAAAGACCGGAAAAAGAGAAAACGACCUUGCCAGGGGGAAAACAAUUCUACUGGAGCCUCAACUACGGUCUCAAAUCAGGGAAGAGCAUCGGAGCAUGAUACUCGUGCAGUUAAAGUGGUUCUUGUUGACAGUCAAAACAUUCAGAAAUUAGGUUCUGGGAAAGGAUCUUCAUUAAGGCGCAAUGUAAAUAUGGGCAUUAAUCGUAGCAACUGCAAAGGAGACUCAUUGCCUAAAACGGCAAGACAUCGGCGGAAAACAGCUGCAUACAAAAAAUGGGAGAAGGCUGCGAUUGCUGGGGUUUCAUUGGUUGCUGAUGCUGCCGAGCAUUUGGAGCGGACAACUACUGAUCAACUGGUUGAAUAUGUCCAGGGUACACAGGGGCAAGAGGGUUUUGACCCUAUUGGAAAAGAUGUGUCUAAUUUACCAACUUUUCCCCACAAUCUGUUUCUUGAGAACAAUGUACAAAACUCCACAAAAAUAAAGCUUCAAUUGUUCCCAAUGGAUGAAGGUACUAGAAGAGCCUUGGAAAUGGAUAAUCAUAAUCCACACCUGGAGCUCACUUUAAGUACUCGGAAAAAGAUAGCAUCGGUAUUGGAGCAUCUCAGUCGCAAGUGGGGAAACUCAAAUAUUGCCUCUGGAGAACUAAUGCUUUUCCCUUACUGCGUUGAAAGGAAAAACCUGGUGAACUGUCGGAAAUGGACUAAGGACUCUGUUCUUAGUGCAGCAGAUGUAUAUGCACUGAUUGGAAGCCCUCCAGUUUUCCGCCUAAGGUAUGGUUGGUUUUCAAAUGCCGAUCUUCAUUCAACAACAUUUCAACCACCUUUAGUUUCAUCUACCCUUUUUGAUGUGAAUGCUGCGAGCAUGGACAAUACAAAAGAGCAGAAUCUGGAUGCUAUACCAGUAGCUACGCCACCUACUGAUCAUGAGUCUGAGAAACGUAUUGCGCCGUAUAAAGACCAACUAAUCUCAGCCACAAGAAUCAUUACUCUGACUCCCUCUUCCACGGAUGUACCCAGUGAGAUGGCUGGGUGUGUUAGCACAGGUCCCUCCAAUAAUCUUUCGGAGUCUACUGAUCAACCAGAAACAAUCUCAUGGGAGAAUAUGGAGGCUGGCAGUGGAGCUAUCAUGAGACAAGUGGAAAAUACUGAUUGCUUGAGGAAACGCAAGGGUGCUGCUUUAUCAGCUGGGGAAUGGGCUGAUAGCCUUACCAACAUAAGUGUUGGGGAUCUACUCUCUGAGGCAUCUCAUAACACAAAUGAUAAUUGCAUUAAUCCACCCUCAUCCGGCAGCUCUCAAUGUAUUCAACAAAUUCCAUUCAGCUGUGACUCUUUUGAUGCUGCAAUUGCUGCUCAUAUAUAUAAACAUCAAGGCAAAACUGGCUUUCAGCCACCUAUUGCAUCUUCCAUUUGGGAUGCCGAAGAAACAUGUGAUGCCUUCGCAUUCCAAAAGAAUGGUGUUUUCUGUAAGGAAGUUCAGUGUGGAUCUAGGGAUGCUUCUCCAGAGGCAUGCAAAAGGAUAGCUAGAAUGAGUUUGGUGGCAUCAGACGCUGAUGUUGAGGAGACGCCUGAAGCGGAGGAGUCUGUGGAUGAUAAUCCAGCUGAUGGAAAGCCAAUGGAUGAGUGCGAGUCUGAUGCACAUAUUUUGGACGAUUCUGCGAAGGAUCUCAGCGGACUUACUGAUAUAUAUUGGCCUGACUCUUUAGGACCGUUAAACUUGGAUGUACCUCCAUGUAGAUAUCUUAGUGACGAUCUAAUUUUUAGUGAUAGCCUUAGCAGUUUAAACCGCCUUAUAGCCAGCAGUCUGGAUGCGUUUCAAAAUUGCUCUUUCUUUGGAUUGGACAAGAAAGAACCAGCAUCAACAGUUCAAGCUCAAGAAACUGCUUCCUUUUCAGAUUUUAAAAUUGGCAGUGAAGUUUGACAUGUACCAAGGUAGAACGCGGAGACAAUUCUGGGCCUUGCGAUUUGAAGAGCACGUGCUUCAUUGCUGGAAACUUGUGGCUGGCUUGCAUCUUUCCCCAGUAUAGCUGACUCAAGGGACAUGGAAAGGGGCUCUCUGCAUUUGCAAGCCGAGAAAGAUAGGCAUGCCUGAAUGUAUGUUCCUGAUCUAAAAGCAACUUCUGUUGUACAGAAAUGGAUGUGGAUAAACUUUUUACUGAAAUCUGUCCCAACUUCUUAUAUUGUUGCCAUAAAUCUUUAUCCUAUGUUAUUGUAAAUGCUGAUGUGCAGAACACCCUAAAAGACAAAUAAUUUGGUUAUCUGGAUGAGGGGCCUCUUGGAAGAUUGACAUUUGAUGCUUUUCAAUGAUUUAUUCUGAGCUCCUUUUGGUAUUUAUUAUUUUUGAGAUCG